AAAAAAAGUAGGCUACUUUCGAUUUUGAAUUGUGGUUUUCCACUUUGAAUGACCUCGACAUUACUUAUUUAGUCAACAUUCACCGUAAAUGCGUAAAGGCUUAUUUUGUGUCUAUUAAACAACAGUUCUUUAAGAAGCCAACAAAAUGUAUCAUUUACAUAUAAAGAAGUUAAGCAACAAUUAAAAGAAUUUGCUUAAAUAGCAAAACAACAUAUAAGGAAGCUUGAGACACAUACAAAGAUGGGCAAUAAGAUGAGUUUAGAAUUAAAGGAAGGAAGGCCUUGUCUUGAAAUUGGAGAAUCUCUAGUCCGAGAUUUUCAGGAUCGAAUUUUCUCCACAGACAAGGCCAUGUCUGGCUUUGUUAAAGCGAUAGAUUCGAUGGAAGCAGCGUGUGAAGAACUUGACAGAAAGUUACGACCCCGGGUUGAUGUUACUAAAGAAGAGAAGGACAAAGACUGUGAUUUGAAUGAUGAGCAGCGUGCCGCAAAAUUACUCUGGACUAUCAAAGAAUGCGUAUCCGAUCACAAAUUUGUUGUACUGGAAUGUUUGAGCAAAUUUAUGAAAUUGAUUAUCGAAACAGGAAAGGGAUACAUUGAUUACCCGUCUGAUCUUUCAAUUGAUAAAUACAGACAAAGCAAUAAGGUGGAGGAUAAACCUUAUUAUGACACAAGAAUAGAGAUGAUUGGAGAGCUAGACAAGGAGGUGGAUAAUCUUGUUUUAAUGAAUAAGGAUAUGGACAGCACAUUAAGAUAUGUACAACUAAAAUUUGAGAAUCAAAAUAUUGCACUGGACGUGUUGAAGAGACGUGAGAAAAUGGCACAUCAAGAUUAUGAGGAAAUGAAACAGAAUGCUGAAGAAUACAAAGCGAAGACAGACAAAUGCCUUGACGAAAUUCUCAUUUAUAUUAAAGGCAUGACAUCAGAUAUUGAAAAUAAAGAGAAAAAGAAGAAUGCUUCAAAAGAACGUGAUGCCUGUCAGCAACAUGAACCUGGUUCUAGCGAAAGAAACAUAGGAAAUAACGAAGCAUAUGAUUCCAAUAUGGAAAAUAACAAAACUGAUAACCGGGUGGGAGAGAUAAAAGAUUGUUUGAAACAUCUUAAAGAGAAGCUCGAGAAAUGUGAUACACUAAACAAUCAGGAUAAUCAGGAAGAAUGGCAGAUGGUCAGCAAAACAGAAGACUACAAAGAAAAAGAAGAUGAAAUAGAAAAAUACGUGAGCAAAAUUUCAAUACUAAUGAAAGAAAACGUCCAACUGAAGCAGGAACUGGAUUGUUUGAAGGAAAAACAGGUCAUGCAUGUUCAAGUUUACUUCAGACAUGGUUUGAAGGGAGGCUCAAAAGAGGAACAAAAACUACUUAUGAUGCUAAAAAAAAGUAUGAGUCUCAUGUCAGCGGAAUUAGUUGUAGAAGAACUAUGGGCUCCUUCAAAAGUACAUCCCGGAAUUCCAUUAUUGAUCUUCCGAUCCAUCCUUUACAAUUAUUCGGAAUGGGGCAAAGGCGGAAGUUCAAAUUUGUUGGAUAAAUUUGAUCUCUCGAGAAAAAUGGCGCUUGUAACAUUUCACUUCAAGGAAAAGAAUAUCUUGAUAAUAAGCAAUGGUGAAUUGGAGGAACCUUUAAGAAAACUUGGUGGUUUAUUUGAUUUUGGUUACAGGAAAAACUCGGCAGAAUUUGUCUUUGACGAAUGUGAAAUCAAUGGAAUCAUAGAGUUUAUAAUUAACAACAAUUGCAGGAAAAAUCAAGACAAGGAUAAACAUUUUCUAGGGCGAUGAGCAUGCACAAAUUGAUUUUACAACAUUUAUAAGACUAAAGAAAGAGAAGCUCUAUAUAUUUGAAAUGAGUUCAUGCUUGAAUUAAUUUU